AUAAAAAAUAAAUCGAGGCAGAAACAUUUCGACUUUGUUUUCCCCGAUAUUCAAAUCAGCAGUCACAUUUCAAUAUGUCAAAAUCCAAAUCCGAAUCGGAAUCGGAAUCCAAAUCGGAGCCACACAGCCAGGCCAAAGCUGCCGUUAAAAUUUCAAACAGAAAUUAGCUUAAAUGAAGUGAGAAAUCAAAAUAAGCUCAUCAAAUUUAAUUAAAUAGCAGAGUUUUAUAUUUUGACUUUGGCUGGCUUUGGCUUUUUCCUCCAUUUUGUUGCUUUGAUUGGGCCAUUAAACUGACGCUGCAUAAACCCGGGCCACAGAUCGAUUGAUUAAUGUUGGAUCGCAGCUAAUGGCUAAUGGCUAAUGGCUAAUGCCACCCCAAGAUACUCCAAAAAUCGUGAAAUUAAACCGAGAAAAUAAAACAAUGAAGUGCAAACCGAUUUGGAAAUAGGGGAAGUUAUCUCCUCUUUAUUGGCAUUAGCAUUAAUAUUAAUUGACAUUUAAUUGCGGUAAUAAAUAAAUGUGUGGGAAAAUAAAAAACAAAAUAAUGAAAAGCAAAGGAUUUUGCAAUUGAAUUAGCCGAAAUAAACUAACAAUAUUUUAUACUUCAAUAUUUAUUUAUAUUUCAGGGUUAUAAACAAUAGUUUCCCAAUGCAAAAGAUAAUUUUUAAAGCUUCCCACUCCUUGUCACUCCAUUAUCUUUUGACCUUUUCGAAAGCCUUCUAGAAAUGACCCCAAAAAACGACGAACCUAUAACCCAUGACAUCUUCAUAGGCCCAGCCAGCAACUUAUCUAUGCAUCGCAUAUGGCCAAACAAUUUUUCUUAAUAAAAAACGAGCAUAAAUCAAAUUAGCUGUACCAUUUUGCUUAAAUGCGACAUGAAAGUGUGGGAAUUACGCGUCAAUUUAUGCAAAUCCGAUGCACACAAAUACAAACAUAUGGCGUGUGUGUGUGUAUAUAUAUAGACGAUCGAGAUCGGGCCAGUUGCCAAUACCAAUAUCGAAGCCAUUGUUGAUAUUUUAAUUGUCUCUUGUUGACAACAACGAUCCGAAAAUGAGAAAAAAGAGCUCAAAUUAAUCUACUAAUCAGCGACGAGGCUGCGAACCAAAUACAAAUACUAUAACUGAAAUCGGAUUUGGAUUCCGAAUCCGAAUCCGAAUCGGAUUUGGAAUUGGCCGAUGAAGAUGCAGAUGGCAACAUAGACUUGCGGCGAAGACUUGGCCAAGAUCAUUUGUCAACGGUGAGGGCGUUGGGCAGCACUUUGGGCUCUUAUCCCGCCCAAAAUUCCAAUUCAAAUCCAAUCCAAAUCCAAAUCCCAAUCGAUAAAUGAUAAAUGGCCUGCAAGGCGGUGGGAUGUGAGGAGAGCAUAACGAAAAGGUAUGUCAAAACCGAAGCAAAUCGGGCCAGAGGGAACAUCAAACUUUAAUUAAUUGCUUUUAAAUCAAGUUGGGGGGAUUUUUUUUUUUUUUUUGGGGUAAUCGGGUUCGCUAGUCAGUUUUCAAGGCUGUUUGGGCCUUGAACUUGGUGGCUAAAAGAACGAAUUAACAAACACCAUUUGUAUCUAAAUCUAAUCUGUAAAGUUUGAAGAAAAUUAUGAAACGAGUUAUUCGCUUCUGAUGGGAUUUUACAAGCUGAAAUUUGCCACUGCUUAAAUGUAAACAAGAAGGUGAGCUAAUUAUUAUAUUUUUUAUGAAAAUACGUUGAUUAUGAAAUGUAGACUCGGCAGCUUCUUUUUUUUUUUUUGGUUCCCGCAUUUUCACGCACAAUUAAUUUUCUGAGCGAACGCAAGUUCGUUGCCCAAGUCUUUUGUUUUGGCAGCUUUUAAUGAAGCGAUUUGCGGCCGGGAAAAUAUGUUAAAAACCUAAUUUUCACAAAACGUUCGGUGCAAUCGGACCGGGCGAUCUAAGUGGAAUUCUUUUAAAAGUGAAGCUGGGCUGGAAAAGUCGAGUCAGUCGCCUUCUGAGAUUCGCGAAAUGUUGAACAUAUUCGUGUGGUUUUCACUUUCGUUUAUAACUCUUUCCUGGGCUCAGGGCUCGCGUUCCUAUCUUCCGCCACCAAAUCCGGCCAUGGAACCGAUUAUAACGAAACAGUUUUAUAGUAUUUCACCCGCCGAGGAUCCCGAGGACUGGGAGCCAAAAACAAAACACUUGAUCAUCGGACAGCCGCGCAGGAAUUACCGAGUGAUUUUCAUCCGAGCUCCGGGAUCCAAUAACGAUCGAGUGAAGUACACGGCGGAGCUGGCGCCCCAGGAGGAACGCACUGUGAUCUAUGUGCUGACCCGAAAGCAGCCGGAACUGGAGGCCACGGACAUUGUGGCGCCGCAGGAGAAACCCCAGGCCGAACAGAAGCCGGAUGUGUUCUUCAUCAAGUACAAAACGAACGAAGAGGCGACGGCUGCCCAAAAGGAGAUCCAAACUCAGUACGAUCAACUCGGUGGAAACACCGAGAUCUCUGCUCCCUAUGUGGCGCCCAUACAUUCGGUAAUCGGGGCACCAAAUCCUCCUCCGAAUCCUCACUACCCGGCAGCUCCUUACCAGCGAUCCACUGGUGGCUAUCACUACGACAAGCCCAGCUCAACAAUCUUGGCGCCAGUGGAACGAUCUUACUGAGGCACCGAUUAUAUCCGCGAUUCGUUGAAUAUUCCAC